CUGUUUGCUGUUUACAAGCCUGAAGAUGGCUGCUGCUUCUUCCUGCAAUGUGGAAGAAGACGAGAGCCUGAAGGGAUGUGAACUCUAUGUUCAGAAGCACAACAUCCAACAGAUUUUGAAAGAGUGCAUUGUAAACCUUUGCAUAGCAAAGCCAGACCGACCCAUGAAGUUUCUCAGAGAACACUUUGAAAAAUUAGAAAAGGAGGAAUGCAAACAAAUACUGGCUCGGCAGAAAUCCAGUUCCCAGUCUGAUUCUCAUGAUGAUGAGAUUUCCCCUCCUCCUCCCAACCCAGUGGUAAAAGCCCGACGCAGGAGAGGAGGGGUCAGCGCAGAGGUGUACACGGAGGAAGAUGCUGUUUCUUACGUCAGGAAGGUUAUUCCAAAGGACUAUAAAACUAUGACUGCUUUGGCGAAGGCCAUCUCCAAGAACGUGCUCUUUGCUCAUCUUGAUGACAAUGAACGAAG